AUGUCUUUUGAGUGCAACAGAGUCAGGAGAAUAAGACAGAAAACUACAGAACUAGCUGAUUCAAAUAAUCCAUCCUCCUCAUUAACAUAUGGUCAUGAAAAACCACCAAUCAUAGUUGGUUUAAUAUUGGCCAGAAAUGAUCGUGAAAUCACAGUAUUUGGACCCAAAGGAGUACCAAUCACAGUUCCCGAGCCUUAUGAAACUUACAAAAGGCCAAUUGGAGGACUUUCAUUUAAAGAUGAAAUUCCAGAAUUGGCUCAAGCAGAUACCAGCAAGGAAGGUGACACUAUUGAACCAAGAUUGAUUGUACCAUCAACUAGUGGAAGAGAUGGAACAGCUGGUGUGGUUCUAGCUUGGCAUAACAACUGGGUCUUGGUAGCACGUUCUGAUGAUUGUGUAGUGAUCAAAAGAAUAUCAAAUAUAUUGUCUAAGAAGAUACUUGAAGCAGCUAAAUAUUUAAGUCUUGAUGAACUCCCUGAAACACAUAAAGUUACUCUUUAUGAAUAUGAAAGCUAUAGAGUAGAACUUGCUAAAUACAUAAACUGCAUACGAGAGAAGUAUUCUAUAAUUCAUAACCCAAAACAAAGUGCUUUUAAAGAACAUGAACCAAUUGGUAGAGUUGUUAAUGGAUCACAAACAUUUUGGUCUUUAAAAGGAAUAUAUCGUUUGAGUGUGUACUGUAAAGAGUACAGACAGUAUUUGGAAAAUUCACAACCUACAGCUUUUGAUUUACUUACAGAGACAACAAAUGAAUCAGAAAGUAAAUCUACAACGAGUAAUAAUAAACAAAUUCUUAAGCAAAUCCUUUGGUCCAAACAUGAUUUGAAUUUUGAGGCUCUUCAACCAUUAAUAUAUGAUGAAAAGCAUGAAGAAAAAGAUGGGCAAAUCUUUUUCAAUGAUAAUAUAGAACAAAUCAAUCUAGACAAGAGCAACUUCAUUUCUGAAUGUCUAAAAAAAAACUAA